UUUACAAACCCGGUACAAACCCGGUACAACCGGAGACUGAGUCAGAGAGAGAGAGAGAGAGCACCAGGCGUGUGUGUGAAAGAGAGAUAGAGAGAGAGAGAGAGGGAGUUUGCUGAUUGGCUGCAGCGCGUGCCACACCGGGAGCCGCGCGCACAUAUUAUAGUCGCUGCUCGAGCGCGAGCCAGUCCACGAUUUCCAACUCCGCCGGUUCCCCCGAGGGCGCGCGCGGGCAAGGAACUCACAGAGCGGCUUUUAAUCCUGUUUAAAAUAACGCAGAGUCCAUGGCUGCCCCUCCUCACAGCAGCUGCAUGUGGAUGCUGGUUCUGGGUGCGUGUUUGUCACUGGCGGUCGCCACAGACUGUGGGAAAGAGUGUGCACUUUGUGUGUACCGUCUGCUGGGACAACAGUCUGGUUUCUCCCCGCUGACAUGCUCACUUGAGUGUGACGGUGGGUUGGACAGCCAGAAGCUCCGUCUGUGCCGGGACUUCCUGUUGGAGGAGGAAAACAUCAUCCCUCUGGACGCUGACCCGCGUGAACAGCAGGAACAGGACACAGCAGCCAUCAUGAUCUCUGACAGCGAGGACACAACAUCGCCAGAACACCUGCUGGCCAAGAAGUACGGCGGCUUCAUGAAGCGCUACGGCGGUUUCAUGGCUCGCCGUUCCUCCUCCCCAGAGGGGACGCUAGAGGAUACUGGCACCCAGGAUGAGGAGGAGAGUGUUCGCCUGGAGAUCCUAAAGCUCCUGAACGCAGCAGCAGAGCAUGGCGCCAAGGGGGAUGGUCAGGGAGGCGAGGCGGUGAAGAGGUAUGGAGGGUUCAUGCGUCGAGCCGAAAGUGGGGUCGCACAGAGUGACCUGCUGGAGGCGGUGUUAGGCCGUGGGCUCAAGAAGCGCUAUGGAGGGUUCAUGAGGCGCGUGGGCAGGCCUGAGUGGCUGGUGGACAGCAGCAAGAGUGGGAGCGUGUUAAAACGGGCUUGGGAGAACGGCAGUGAGCUACAGAAGAGGUACGGGGGCUUCAUGGACUAGGAUGCCACAGUUAUGACCCUUCAAUCCCUCCAUUCAAUCACCGUGUAGUCUGGACUUGGUGUCUGAAUCAGCUGCCCACUCCCUCUGCUAAUUACACUGCAUCAUCUGGCUUUGUAUAACGUGCUGCUGCUGCUGCUGCCUCCUUCAUUGGAUCAGUUGGUCCUGUAUUU